CUCCCUCUCUGCUGAUCACCGAGCUGCUGACCAAGCCAGAAAGCCCUGAUGGAAAUCCACCAGUGCUGAGCAGGCCCCUCCUCCUGCAGGAAGCUUGUCCUUGACUAAUUUUGCUUCAUCUCGAUGGGAAAAAGAGAGAGAAAAAAGAAAAACCACAAACUUCCUUUGAAAGCAAGCUCCUAAUCAGGGCCUGUACUCAGGGACUCAAGGAUCCUGAAGACACUCUGAGAGACUGGGAGCACGCUGUCUGCCCUCCCAUCCUCCAAUGACCCCAACACUGGGCUGAGUCCGGAAGUGGUCACAACACCCAGCCAGGAGUGCCAUUGGUAAACCUGUGUAAACCUGUCUAAGCCUUGGUGUGGACAGCUGGCAGCUCCCGUCGUUGUACCCACCUUCCUUACCCGAUUGCCAGAGCUGAACCAUUCUUCUCCAUCCUGGAACAGCACUUACUUCUUUAAGGGAGGCUGAGUCUACCCAUGUCUUCAGUUCCACCAGAGUCAUCCCUCCCAAGCCCGGAAGCAUCUGGCCCUUGUUGGUCUUAUGUGGUCACAGCAAGUUAAAAGUGGAAAGAGCUCAGCUGGGGAUCCUGGGACUAUUCUGUUUACACAAGCUGAGAAAGACAUGUACUACCCAUAGCCAGAGUGACUGCACAGACUGUAUUCCCUCUCUAAGACUUUUUGGGUUUGUCUUCUCUCCAGCCCAGUGAUUUUCUUCUUAUUGGACAAACCCUUCCUUUGAAUAUCAAGCCUGGCUUAGGCAAGUACCUGAAGUUAGUAAAUACCUUCCAUGCCCCUUGGUUGACUCACUCUGACCAUGGACCCCCUUCAGCCUGAGCACCUGGCCCCUGGUGAGGCCAGGACUGCAGAAGCAGUCACUCUUGAAAACCAUGAGGUCCUGUCAGGACCAGGUGAGCACCCUCAGGACACGGAGGCAAGAACUGCGAAUGGAACAGCUGGGGAACAGGGGCCAGUAGACCAAGCUGUGCUGUCUGCUCAGGGUGAGGGUAACAUUGAGUCCCCUCCACCUGAAGCUACCUCAAGUCUACCAGGUCCAGCCCAUGGGAGAUUGCCUGAGGUGGAGACAGCACAUAUGUGCUCUAUAUCCCAGGGGCUUCCUCAGUCCCCCAGGACCCGACAGCCUGAGCUAGACUUCUAUUGCGUCAAGUGGAUCCCCUGGAAGGGGGAACGAACACCCAUCAUCACCCAAAGCACUAACGGCCCUUGCCCUCUCCUUGCCAUCAUGAACAUACUCUUUCUUCAGUGGAAGGUGAAGCUGCCCCCCCAGAAGGAAGUGAUCACAUCGGAUGAGCUCAUGGCCCAUCUUGGAAACUGCCUCCUGUCUAUCAAGCCUCAGGAAAAGUCAGAGGGACUUCAGCUGAAUUUUCAGCAGAAUGUGGAUGAUGCAAUGACAGUACUGCCUAAAUUGGCCACUGGUCUAGACGUCAACGUGCGGUUCACGGGUGUCUCUGAUUUUGAGUACACGCCUGAGUGCAGCGUCUUUGACCUGCUGGGCAUACCUCUGUACCACGGCUGGCUUGUUGACCCACAGAGUCCUGAGGCUGUGUGUGCAGUUGGGAGACUCAGUUACAACCAGCUGGUAGAGAAGAUCAUCACCUGCAAACACUCCAGUGAUACCAACCUCGUGACAGAAGGUCUGAUUGCAGAGCAGUUCCUGGAGACCACUGCAGCCCAGUUGACUUACCACGGACUGUGUGAGCUGACAGCCACUGCCAAGGAGGGGGAACUUAGCGUCUUUUUCCGAAACAACCACUUUAGCACCAUGACUAAGCACAAGAGUCACUUGUACCUACUGGUCACAGAUCAGGGCUUUCUACAGGAAGAGCAAGUAGUGUGGGAGAGCCUAAACAAUGUGGAUGGAGACAGCUGCUUCUGUGACUCUGAUUUUCACCUAAGUCACUCCCUGGGCAAGGGUCCUGGAGCAGAAGGUGGGAGUGGCUCCCCAGAAAAACAGUUACAGGUAGACCAGGACUACCUGAUUGCUUUGUCCCUGCAGCAACAUCAGCAGCCACAAAGCACAUUGGGUCUUAGCGACUUGGAGCUGGCCCAGCAUCUUCAGCAAGAGGAGUAUCAGCAGCAGCACUCAGUCCAGCCCUUGCAAACAUGGGCCCCAUUGCCGCAGGGCAGAGGAGCCAUGUCUGGACGUCCAGCCCGGGAACGGCAGCCAAGACCCAAGCGUGAGUCAGACUGUGUCUUGCUGUAGCUCUGCCCCGUUGCCAUGCUGAGCUGCCCCUUCUCUCUGAGGCGAUAACUUGUUUGCUCUCUCCCCCACCUCAACCCCUGAGGUGUGUUGGGUGACUUAUUUAUGGACUGUUGGGGACUAGAGCAAGACAGUAAAAGCCAAGAUCAGACUCACUAAGGUGGUUGGACUAUGUCCUGCUGCCUUCUCUUCUUCCCAUCAGGGCAACACUGAGAUUAGUGGGGCGAAGAUUUCUGCUUCCCAGUUCCCUUUCUCAGAACAGUCACAUGAUAUAGAGACUCCGGCUUCAGGGCCAGGUCCCAGUCUGGAAUGCAUUCUCCUUCCCUCCCUCCUAUCCCUGACUGAGGGCUCGGGACUACCCAGCAGGCCUGUCUCCAUUUGUUUCAGGGUUUAAUUUGGGUUUCUAUCUCCAUUAUUUGUAACACCUCUCUAAGUUUGGAAAUAAAACUU